AGGAGGGAGUGGGAAGUCCGGCUUCAGGAAACUCUGGGACCGCAUUAUGUCCUAUUGCACUCUUCUGCCCAUGGCGUCCUCUAUCUCUCCAUCUUUAUUCGCAGGGACCUCAUCUGGUUCUGUUCAGAGGUGGAGUCUUCCACAGUGACCACACGCAUUGUAUCCCAGAUCAAGACCAAAGGUGCUUUGGCUGUGUCCUUCACUUUCUUCGGAACCUCCUUCCUUUUCAUCACUUCCCAUUUUACAUCUGGAGAUGGAAAGGUGAAUGAAAGGAUUCAGGACUAUAAGAAGAUUGUUGAGGGUCUUACACUACCUCGCAGUGUCCCUGAUACAAACCCAUUCCGUUCUGAUCCCUUGGAUGCCACUACACGAUUUGACGAAGUCUUCUGGUUUGGUGACUUCAACUUCCGGUUAAACAAGGAUCGGAAUGGCGUGAACUCUAUUCUACAACACAAUCUAGUGAAGGACAUGUCCCAGCUGCUGCAGUACGACCAGCUCAUCAAGGUCAUGAACGGUGGCUCCAUAUUUAAAGGGUUUCAAGAAUCAACAAUUGAGUUUCUUCCUACGUACAAGUUUGACAUUGGCUGUGACCAAUAUGACACAACGUCGAAGCAGAGAACGCCUUCAUAUACAGACAGGAUUGUCUACAAGAGUCGCCAAAAAGGAGAUAUCAAAGUCCUGAAAUAUGCCUCCUGCCCGCUGGUGAAAACAUCAGACCAUCGGCCUGUGUUUGGGUUAUUUGAAGUGCGGAUAAGACCUGGAAGAGAUAACAUUCCACUGGCUGCAGGGCUAUUUGAUCGUGAGUUGUAUCUUCUGGGAAUCAAGAGGCGGAUUUCACGAGAGCUACAGAAACGGCAGGUGAUAAAGAACCAGAAAAGUAGUGCAGUCUGUGCAAUCUCCUGA